AUGGGGGUAGAAGGAAUAGAUUCAUUUCUGUGUGAACCAUCUAUGGAUGACCCUGGAUCAAAAAGUAAACACUUUACACCUGGCCAAGGACCUGCUUUCCAAAAGGCAGAGGACAUUUCUGAGUUCCAGGAUGCUCAGCACAACUUAUUUCAAAAUGGCAAUGGCUCCCAUGCAAAGCAGGAACUGCAAAGACUCUAUAAAUCAUUUUACUCAUGGCUGCAGCCAGAAAAACACAGCAAGGACGAAAUCAUUUUUCAAGUGGUCCUGGAACAGUUCCUGAUCAACAGGCACUGGAGUGAUCGGACUACAUUGAAGAAGAAAUGGGAAUCCAGUAGCAGAAACCUGGAGAAAUUCAUGGAAGAUCUGAGUGAUAGUUCUGUGAAGCCACCUAACCUAGUCCGUGUCCACAUGCAGGGACAGGAAGCCCUCUUUACUGAGAAUAUGGCUUUAAAAGAAGUCAUUGUCCAUCUAACAAAACAGCUGUUAAUAGGAUCCCCAGCAGGGACGUCCAUGAGGACACCUUCCUGGACUCCUCAAGAUACUUCCCUGGAAACAGGACAAGGAGAGAAAGCUAAAGAAAAUGGUGACAACAUUUAUCACAUAAAUGACAGUAUUACCAGUCAAAGCCGAGAAAUACCUUCCCUGCUCAUUAUCCAGGAAGAGGACAGUGUUUCUUUGAAGAAUCCGCUUAGCUCCAGAAGAGCAGCUCUAGGCACAUCCGGGUCCCAGGAAGGGGCCCUGGAAGGACCCUCCUAUCAAGAUGUCCUUACAGAGGGGGGACCAGGGUUUCUCUCUCAGCCAGUCCAGGUCACCCCUGAGCCUGUUCCUACCCACCAGAGAACUGAGGGGAAAUCCCCAUGUGGGGGACAGCAAGGAGGACGCCAUGAAACCCAAAAGUCAUACAGAUGUGAAAAGUGUCCUAGGUUCUUCAGGUAUCUCUCUCAGCUACAAGCCCAUCAGAGAAGACAUAAGAACGAGAGGACAUUUACUUGUGCUGAGUGUGACAAAGGCUUCUUCCAAGCGUCAGACCUACACGUGCAUCAGAAGAUUCAUGCAGGAGAGAAGCCUUUCACGUGCAGCACGUGUGAAAAAUCCUUCAGCCACAAAACCAACCUUCUGGCCCAUGAGAGAAUCCACACAGGAGAGAAGCCCUACGAGUGCUCCCUCUGCCACAGAAGCUACCGCCAGUCGUCGACCUACCACCGCCACCUGAAGACUCACCAGAAGAGGGCCUCCAGAGGGCUUCCUUCCACACCAGGAGCUUCCUCAGGUGCAGCCCCAGUGGAAUGA